CAUUGAUUAUGGUAUGACAGCAAUCCAAGCACAAUGUCUAACCCUAAACUAAGGACUCAAGUAAUUGAAUUGUAUAAGAAUCUGUUGCACUUGGGAAAAGAAUAUCCGAAAGGCUACCCUUAUUUCCGAGAUAGGUGUAAAGCAGCUUUUCUCAAGAACAAAGAUGUAAAAGACGAGGAGGAGAUCAAAAUGCUGAUUUUUAGAGGAGAAUUUGUGAUAAAAGAGUUGGAAGCAUUGUACAUGCUUAGGAAAUACAGAACUUUGAAAAAGCGGUAUUAUGAAAAUGACAGUUGAUAAUGCAGAAAACCUUUGAUAAAGCACUAUAAUAAAGAGACAUAAGCACAUUAUACACUUGAAUAAAACCAAUUAAAUGCACAUUCAUUUUAAUUGAUAUACAAGAAAAAGCUCAAUAAUAUUUAAAUAAAGAUUGUUAUGAAUAAAGAAGGUUAAUAGAA